AUGUGGGGGUUCAGUGGUGGCCUUAGAGAGGACAGAGCAGUGCUGUUAGCAGCAAAUGGUUUCGCAGCCUUAGCUAUUGCGUACUGUGAAUAUAAAGACCUUCCUGAACGGUAUGGCUUAUUUCAGUUGUCCUAUUUUGAGAGUGCAAUUGACUGGCUUACCUCACAACCGAAGGUGAAGUCUGGUGGAGUUGGCCUGGUUGGUCUGUCUAAUGGAGGCACAUUAGCGCUAGCCCUUGCUGCUCAGCUAGGACACAAAGUCAAAGCAGUGGUCUCUGUUUCAGGAUACCCCAUGUUUAUUGGAUGCUCGUUGGCCACUGAAACCAUGACUAUACCUGGCUAUCCUGCCAAUCAGAAUUCUUCGGGCGACUCUUGUUAUUUACAUUUCAUGUCUAUAUUUAAAAGCGAAGAGCUUUACACAUCAGGGUCACCAUGGGCGAUUCCGGUGGAGCAAAUAUCCUGCCCUGUUCUACUUGUUUAUGGCCUCGAUGAUCUACUUAUUCCCAAUGUAGAAUGGAUGUGUGAGGUCAUUUUUCGACGCAAGCAACAAAAUAGAAAGAAAACAUUCUGUGAGAAGCUUGGUCUCUAUGGGGCCGGCCACUUGAUUACACCAUGCUAUAACCCACCUUGUUCCAGAAAAUAUGUUAAAUUACUCGAUGAAAUGUGGUUUGUUGGAGGGGAUAAUAAGACUCUAUUCGCAAAAUGUUGUGAACAAUAUUGGAAAAGAAGUCUAGAGUUUCUAUUCAAGUACAUUUAA